AUGUUCUUCGUGUUCCCCUUCGCCGUCUACCCGCGGCAGAAGGAGGAGCGUUUCUUCAAGGGGUUGUACCAGCUGGGCAACGUCCUCCACGUCGUCAGCCUCGUGGUGGUGGUGACAGAGUUCUACGUGCGCCUGGUGACAAGCCUCCCCGACUACUUCACCAACACGAACGUUACCGUGGCGUCGGGGAUGGAGAUUGUGAUGCGCAACUGUCAGUACGAGGGGUCGCUGCAGAUCGGUGGGGUGCACGCCACCACAGUGGUGACCGGCGACUCGCUCGCCGCCCCGCUCAUGGUGGUAGCGCAGCACAUCCUCGCCAUCAUCGUCGUGCAAUUCCUGGCAAUACUAAACGACGCGUUCAGCUUAGCGAAUUACUCGGCUGGAAAUAGGCACUUGCGCGUGCUUGGCGUGCACGUGCCACUGUACCACAUCACCACGACGUUAUCCUUCAUCCUCUGCAUCUCCCUCAUCGUGCUCGUGUGGAUCAUAUACCCGUCGCGGCACUUUUACGCCGACGCACUACGCGACUGCGCGAGAGAGCUAGAACAGAGCAAUGUAACCGCGCUGUAUGAGGCGGAGUACGACGAGUACAACAUCUUCUUGACACCCAUCGAGUGGUCCUUUGGCGCCGCUGUUGCGAACCUCAUCUUCUACGUGGCGGGCGCAUUAGUGCUGACGGUGAAGUCGCACGACUCCGCAAUGUUGCUCCUGUCGGAGUCCAACGUGCCGUGGGAGAGCCGCGGCUUCAUGUGCGCAACUGACAAGGCGGCGCUGCGCAUCCACACAACCGCGCGCGACGCUAUUCUGGCGGAGGCACGUGAGGCGAUUGCGCACGGCCAGAAGGUGCGUAUUGCGCGCACCUACGCGCUCAUGACGGAGGCCGACUACGAGGCGCAGGUGGAGGAGAUGCGGCUGCGCUUCGCCGAGCGGGUGAAGGAGGAACACUAUGAGCAGAUGCGCACGCACUUUGAGCGUGAGUCCGACCUCGAGGAGGGGGGCCUGCUGUGGCGCCGCCACCCGCCACCGCCGCCACCACCACCGCCGGCGGCUGCGGCAACACCAAUGAGGCAGCAGGCCGAUCAGUUCUUUGAAACCAAACGGUCAGGUCGCAGCGGCGACGACGGGACAUUCAAUGAAUUGUUCAACGAGCGUGAGUACGGUGAGCGCAUGUGGGACGAGUACUACGACGACGAUGACGACGACAAACACAACAACACGUACGUCGUGGAGGCGGACGAGGGCGGCGAGCUUGCGGAGGUGCCGCCAAUAGAGGCUGCCCGCCAGCACCGGCAGCACCGGCGACGACGCCACCACCACCGCCACCAGAACACAGGCGUCGACGAUGUAUCUGGCGAGCCUGACGAGGCGGUGCUGCACCAGGCCGAGGCACCGUACGAGCUGCAGGGAGUGGACGCCGAUGCGUUGGGGGAUGACGACGGACAUCCGGGUCGGCGGCACCACCGCCGCCACCGCCACCGUAGCCGCACAAACACCGAGGGAGACGGCGAGAUGGAUGGGCAGAUAAACAUGCCGUCACCGCUUGAGGAGGCCGACGAGAUGUAG